AUGGGAAACAAGCUUUCGCCUCUACUAGCAGACGUUUUCUUGAGCGAUUUCAAGGUAGCUUUAGGCAAAGAAAAGCUCUUCUAUCGAGUUUGGAGACGCUACGUGGACGACAUUUUCGCAGCCGUGAAAGAACGCUACCUCACGCAGACCCUUGAUAUAUUGAACUCCCGACACAGCACUAUAAAGUUUACGGUAGAGAAGGAAAUAGAAGGAAAAUUGCCAUUCCUAGACCUGAUGAUAACCAGGAAAGCGGACAAGAAACUAAAAUUCGGGAUCUACCGUAAACCGACAUCCACAGACAGAUACAUAGCUUCCGACUCUAACCAUGUCGGCGCUCAAGAACAAUCAGCCUUCCAUUCCAUGGCCCAUCGUCUGUUCAAUGUACCGAUGGAAAAUGAUGACUUCAAGGCCGAGCAAGAUAAAAUAUACAAAGCUGCUGAAUUGAAUGGGUAUGAAAAAGGAUUUGUGGAAAAAAUUCUAAGGAAACACAAAACGAAAAAACACAGACAAAACGCGACAACGUUAGAGCCGGAUAAAAAACAGGAACUCUACCUUUUGCGUCAACAAAUGAAGCCCCGGCAAACAAGUGGCAUUCUCAAGCCGCAAAGCAAAGUGUUUGACGACGUCGAGGCAUUGGAAAUCCUAACUAGUCAAGUAGAAGCAGUCGAGGCAGCUGAUAGUUCCACUGGGCGAUCACCAAGUGCUCCUGUCCCGCUUCCCACCAAACGAUAUAAAAAGAACAACGAAAAGAGCGCUCAAGCAGAACAUCUUUUAGAGUUUGAGCAGAGAAAGCUAGAACUGCUCGAAGAAAGCUUCAUCUCGCGACAAGGAUGA